CUUUUAACAGCUGCCCCUUCCUUGCCAGUCACCUCACCUUGGCCAUCCCCAUCAUCGCAGCCAUCCUCUUCUUCUUUGUCAUCAGCUGCCUGCUCCAGACAAGCUUCAGAGACCCAGGUAUCCUGCCCAGAGCCACCCCAAGCGAGGCCGCAGACCUGGAAAAGCGAAUUGACAGCAUGGGUACCUCUACCUAUCGCCCGCCGGCCCGCACGAUGGAAGUGGUCAUAAACAAGUACGUGGUGAAACUCAAGUACUGCUACACCUGCAAAAUGUUCCGCCCUCCACGCACCUCUCACUGCAGUGUCUGCGACAACUGUGUCGAGAGGUUUGAUCACCACUGCCCCUGGGUGGGCAACUGCGUGGGGAAGCGCAACUAUCGCUACUUCUAUGCCUUCAUCCUCUCCCUCUCCUUCCUGACAGCCUUCAUCUUCGCUUGCGUUGUCACCCACCUCACUCUGCGCUCUCAGAGAGAUGGAUUCCUCGCCACUCUGAAGACAACACCUGCAAGUGUGCUGGAGUUGGUGAUUUGUUUUUUCUCAGUCUGGUCUAUUUUGGGCCUCUCAGGUUUUCACACUUACUUAGUCGCCUCCAACCUGACGACGAACGAAGAUAUCAAAGGGUCCUGGUCAAAUAAGAGGGGCUCGGAGUUUGCCAAUCCCUACAGCCAUAAAAGUAUCCUCACAAACUGCUGUGCGGUGCUGUGUGGACCAUUCCAUCCCAGUUUGAUAGACAGAAGAGGAUUUAUCCAGCCAGAUGUUGGGACCCCGUCCAGUCCUAAAAGUGAAAUCCCUUCCUUUGGGGCCAAAACUGACACCAGCAUGGUAGGAGGCAUUCCCUAGCAGUGCUGUGAUGUAGCCCAGUGCCUGCUGUGCCUGCACCUCGCUCCAGCCAGUACCUUCCCCUCUUACCAUCUCCCUGGCCUCAGGCGGGACAGCCCUGUGAUGCAGAGCUGCCAGGAACUCAGUCGAGCCAUACGUUGCCUUUAUUCUUGGGGUUUUUUUAAAACUUAUUUAUUAUUUUUUCUUUAU